AUGAUCUCUCGCUGCCAGUCGUUCCAUGAUCAUGCACAAGAAAUCGAACAGGACAUGCUCUAUGAUCCGCCUUGUUAGUAGACUUGGUAGCAUAGGAGAAAGGAACCCUGGAGGGUCUGUGGAGUAUGAAGGGUUGAGGCGCGAUAGCACCUCGACCCGUAGUUCGAGCUAGACCCAAAGGUUUUCGCCCUUUUCUAUCAAAACUUCGUUACUCAUCAUGUAGUCUGUCUCCCAACCUCGUGUAUAUAGGACUUACCAGAGAUGGUUUCCUACAAGGACAGAGUAUUCUCGGAAAUUCCCGGAUUUAUACUUUCGACGCUUCUUGCCAGGGCAGGCCAGCCUGACUCGCCAAACUUCGUCCGGUUCUCUCAGAGUGUAAUCCUGCAUGUCGUCGCCCCAAGUGAUGGAUCCUAUAUCUGCGACAUACACAAAUCCUGACGCCCAUCGUCGCGAUUUAGAAGCUGAGGAAACGCGCCUCUGUCUCGCCUUGCAGUCUGUUCGAGCUCGUAUCAACAAUCUCGCCACCGUUAACACGCUUCCGCCUGAAACUCUCAUUCAGAUCUUCGCAGACAUCGCGUUUAUCGACUUCCCAUUUGUCGACAAGAACCGGCACAUCCCCGCCAAUCUCGGAUGGAUUCGAACCAUUACGCACGUCUGCCAACGCUGGCGGCAUACCGCUCUCGCAGCUCCCUUGUUCUGGACGAAUAUAUGAACAUCCCUUGGCCCACGAUGGGCUGAGGAGAUGUUUCAACGCUCUCGAAAUAUACCCGUGUCUCUCUCCUGGACCGUUGCCGAAGGUUCCACAGCAACGCCACUUGAUGAAUACCUACACGCCCAAUUAUCCCAAUCCAACGUGUUUGCAAACGUACGCAGUCUGAACAUGACUGGGAACGUAUACAUGAUCCCACUUUUGGUGCACCCAGCCUCGGCAUUGGAGGAGUUCUCUCUCCACAACUACAUUGAAUGGGUCGAUCUGCCUGCACAUGUCUUCGGUGAUUCUGCACCUAAACUACGGACACUAUACCUGUAUCAGUGUAGUGUCCCAUGGGGGUCAGAAGUCCUCAAUAACCUCACUCACUUCACGAUCGUCUAUCCUUCCUGCUAUCCAGACGCGUCCGGGGCGCCCGUCUAUGACGAUGAAGAAGACCACCCCACCCAUGCACAGCUAUUAGCAUUUCUUCGCAAUGCCCCAUCGCUGGAAUUGAUUUCGCUGUCGCACGCUCUACCGGUCGUCAGUAAGGACGCAUCGC